GUAAUUAUUUUUUCGAUCGCAAGUCAGAUGGCAUCGCGUCGUAGUAAACGAGAGUUCAUUCAUCGCGUUGAUCGAGAGAUGUCUGGUGGCGGGAAAAUUUCGUCGACAAAGCUUUCUUUUACAUUGCCGAUUUCUUGUCAAAUAUGUUUGGAAAAGGUUAAAGAACCAGUGACAUGUCCAAACCAACAUGUUUUCUGCAGUUUGUGUAUGGAAGUUUGGUUGGAGAGAAACAAACAAUGUCCAACAUGCAGAGUAGAUAUAACUCCACAGAGUCCAAUUCGAAAAAUUAUUGGCGGAGUUCCCCAGUCACAGAGUCAAGAAAUCAGAUCACCAAGAACUACCAAGCAUAUGAGACGAGCACGGAUGGAAUUGCUUUUCAGAGACUAUGAGGAUGAAAUAAGCGAACUUCAAAGAGAGGUUGCUUGUCUCAAGCAUUCUAAUGAUGACCUGAGAACAAAAUUAUCAGAAGAAGAACAAAAAAAUUCAGCCGGUGUCAAUAUCAAGACGAAGAAAAAAUGUUCAAGAUGUGGAAACAUGCAAGAUUUAGAUUCUAUGCUUGAAAUGGCAAAAAAUCUACAGGAAGCAACCAAAACUUUUGAGCAUAUGAAAGAGGAAAACAUACAAUUAAGAAAGACAAAUGAGAAGCUUGUUAAAGAUUACGAUGAUCUCAAGAGGCAAAAUACAUCAGUGAAAGAAGAGCUUCUAACGAGAUCUCCAAUGAAGUUUGGACGUUUAACUGUGGCCACACUUGAAUCAAGGAUAGAAGCUUAUGAGAAACAGAUAGCACAAUUAAACAAGGCAUUGGAAAAAAGUGACACAUUCACAGAAAGUUUGCAAGAGAAAUUAAGGACUUGUUCCUGCAGUGCAUUUCAAGGCAAACAACAAUCAGAGACCGAAGUGGUUACAUUAAAAGAUAUUGGAAACGAACCCACAGAUAGUACCAUAAACCCUAGUUUUGUGUAUUUGUCUGGACAUGAUUAUACUGGUACUGAUCUGAAUAUAAGUGAUUUUCAGUGUCCACCGACUGGGACAGAUGUUACGGAUUCAGCUGAAACAUACACAAUUGAAAACAUCUUGCCAGAUGAUUUAGUUUCUCAAGCUUUUAAUGUAACGUUGAAUAAAAAUUCUGUCGAUCAAAGUUUAUUUCUCAGCCAACUGGAAAACACCAAAAGUCCUUUUACACCAUCGACGAAAUUCAGUAGAUUGAAUCUCGGAACUCCGCAGAAUAUGCAAUCAAUUAUUUCAGAGGAGACAAAUAUAACUAAAGUGCAAAUUGAAAACUUACCUUCAAUACCUGAAAAUACUUCACAAGAAAUUCAACAACAACAACAACAUCUGCCCAUUAGAGAACACGAUUCUAGAGUCAGAAGUUUUACUGCACAUACAAUGCCACCUGUGGAGAGUCCUGAUUACAAAGAGAAACUUGAACAAAUUCAGGAUAACUUGCUUCAUCCUAUCACAAGAUCAUCAAGCUCACCAGCACCAGGACAAAUCCAUUCGUUCAGCAGAAAAUUAACUUUUGAUGACAAUAUGCUGACAGGAAGCAGAGGUGAAACGUUUGACUUGAAGCUUUUGGAAGAAAACACUGGAAGCAGCUGUGGUGAUGAAAUUAUGAUGAUGUUGCAUAAUGAAGAUAGCAUUCAAUCCGUUGAGCAUGAACGAGAUUCAAGUAGAAGUCAUGAUGAGCUUAGAUUUCUUCGACCACAAUCAGUGUUGAGAAAUGAUGACAACUUGUUAUUUGGUUCCAAUGAAUUAAAUGAAAUGUCAUCAAACCCAAUAUUAAGUAGUGGACAUUAUCAAUCUGAUCAAAAUAUUCACAAGAAGCAAGUUCCAUCAUUAAGACGUGAAGUUUCAUCAUCGGUAAUCGAAGCUGGAAGUUCAAGAAUAACAACUACAAAAUUAUCUCAAAGUGAUCGAGAUAUUUUCACUCGUCCAAGUUCAGCACCAAGUCGAACAUUUCUUUUAAGCGGAUCACGCUUCUCAGCAUUACGGCCUAUCGAUCCAAUUGGUGCUCAAGAUAGUGGAGAGUUAUCGCAGUUUCAACCAGUCAAAUGCAAAUCUCCGAGUCCUCUCUCACUGAGAAAAUUGCAGCCUAGUCCUCAGAAGAGAAAUUCAAAUGUUACUCCAAAGAAAGAAGCAAUCAGAUGCGUAGUAGAUGGGAGAGCUGCCAGUCCGAUGCUGCAACUUGUGUCACCUGAUGAUGUCAUGGGAACUAAUUGGAAGCAGACAACAUGCCAUGCACGAAGCAUUAGUGUUAGCAGUGAUACAUCGGCUCAUUACCAUGGAAAUCAAAAAACAAAAGAUGCAAUAUCAAGAAUUGCAAUUUUAAAGAGAAAUAAUUCCGGAAAGCCAUUGUCAUUUUCCGCAAGUUUUGACUUGCCAAAAUCACCAACCAUUCCACCAUCAUCCUUACAAGUUGACGAUUCAGCGACAACUUCAUCGACUUCUCGCAGAAGUUCUCGAAAACAAUGCUUAAAUGAUCCAAGUACUAAACGUGUUGGUGAUCACUCUCUUGAAUUUACAAGUCCAAUUAAAUCACCAAAAAUGGAAAGCAAAUGGAAUUGGAAUCGAUGAUAUCUUUGUUCAUUUUAUUAUUCACUAGAAAUUUGUAAAAAAGAAGAAAAUAAAUUCAGGUUCAAGAAUGGCCUAACUAAACGUUUUUUAGACAUUUAUCAUUUUUAAAAAUGAGAUGGAAUAAAUAAUAGUUCCAUAUCAUUUGAAAUUCAAAAAAAAUAAUGCUAAGAUAUGGCCAUAUUACUGCUUUAUACUUAGUAUAAUAAGUAUUUUUACUCCAUAUUCAGAAUAGCAGACAAUAAAAUAAUUGAAAAAAAAACAAUGUGAAUAAUGCUGAUUACAGAAUCGAGAAAGAAACUUUUUUACAAGACUUAAAUAUUUUAGACAUUUUGUCUGCAUUCUAUGUAACAUGUUCUUUGUUUAUAUACAAGUAUGUGGCAAUUCGAUUUUUUUUUAUAUAGGUAAUAUGUCACGGAGAAUAAUUGUUCUUGAUACCUGUAUAUGUUAUUUUCAAUGAUUUGAUAAGUCUAGAUAAUAUUGGAACGGUCAUUUUAACCUUUUUAUAAAGUAUACUUGUAUCGCUGUUCAGCAGUUUUAAUAGACAUUAUGACAAUAAGUUGUGAAAGUGUUGAAUAUAUCAAAUGUGUUGCUCAUAAUAUUGCUGUUAUCAUUUUUGCUGAUACACUCUUUGUAUUUAUCUAUUUUUACUACUUUUUUAUCGAUUACUAUUUUUCUAUCCAUUGCAGUUUUAUCAAAUUUUAGAUCUAGUAGUUUUUAACAAUGUUAUUUGGCAAAAUAUUCUUCUGUCUAUUGUCAAGCAGUUAACUUUCCAGUAUACACAUUCAGGUUGAAGUAGAUCUCUCUCAUUUUAUUAGUGUUUCUAUAACAUGUAUUUGGAGGCUUCAAUGUGGGUUUCUAUCGGGAAACAUGUAUUUGGAAAUUUUUAAUGUUAUCUUCUAUUUUUAAUUGUAACAGAUUCAUUUAAUAAUUAUUGAACUGAUUGUGGAUGCA